CAUGAGACUGCAACUUUUGACCUUCCCAGCGAACGACCUGGCAAAGCAAGUCAUCGGAGCAGCGACGCUGGCUCUGCAUUCGUUUAUCUUCUGUUUGGAAAGCCGACGAUGUCAGCGCUGACAGCGUCAGAAAAACGCCUCGUCCUGCAGCUGCUGCGGCACGGCAGCACGAGCAGCGCUCGGUCGACGGUCCUUGCUUGUGCCCCUCGCCAGCUGCAUUCAUCCGCUUCGUCCCCGUUCGCCUCUCCUUCCAAGCACAGCGACGCUUCCCGUUCAGCACCUGCGUACCAUGGGCGCUAUAUGCCUGAAGCGGCGGCGCUCGCCAGCGGCGGCGGUAUGCAGCUACCCGAGCCUAAGCUGCGUCCGAAACCACCGAUGCAGACGUACUACACUGCCCGCCCAACGUACAUCGCCACGCUUCUGCGCCUGGCGGACCUGACGCGCCGCUCGAAGCGCGCGCUCGAGCAGGCGUACAUCCUACCCCCCAACUCGGCUCCGCCGAGCGUAGCAGCUGCUGCAGCGGGAGGCGCUCGCAGUGGCACUUUGAAGGCCUGGCUCCCACCCGCGGGCAUCGCGCAGAAACUCAGCAUGCCAUCGCUCAAGGCAUCGCAGUACCGCCGUAUCAUCGCGCACUUAUCGGCGCUGGCGCGCUACCGCUCGCUGGUCUCGACGCACCUACCCGGCAUCGACCCCACGCUGGCAAAGGAGGUUGAGGAGGCGUUUGCGGACUUUGCGCGCCCAGGCGGCAGCCAGGACUUUUCAGUGCCGGGCGUGGUGAGCAGCAGCUUAGCAGGCGCAGAGCGCCAAGAAGCGGCGACAAGCGCGGGUUUGGACGCGCACGGACGGGCGUACGCUAUGGGCCGGCGAAAAGAGUCGAGCGCACGUGUCUGGAUUGUUCCAACGCCCUCCUCGCCACCGUCUACAAUCGCAAACCGAAGCGGGCAGCUAGAGGAACAACAAGCGUCUGUCGUCGUCGGCCAAGUUCUGGUCAACAAUGCGACCCUGGGCGAGUAUUUUUCACGCAUCGACCACCGGGAGCGCGUCAUGUGGCCACUGAAGCUCGCGGGUAAGCUGGGUGUUUUUAACGUCUUUGCGCUUGUGCGCGGCGGGGGCAACACAGGGCAGGCGGGAGCUGUGGCGCAUGCGCUCGCCAAGGCACUCGCCGUCGCAGCGCAGGCGGGCCUCGUGGACGGCGGCGAGGAGGAGGUGCAGCGGAUCCGGGCUGUACUACUCAGGGACGGCGUUCUCCGGCGCGAUCCUCGUAUGGUCGAGAGGAAGAAAACAGGCCUGGUCAAGUCAAGGAAGGCAAGAACCUGGGUCAAGCGUUGAUCGGGCUUCGUGUCUCAUUUCCAAGCUUUGUUCACUUGACAGCGUGUCAUACUACAGCAGGUGGAUGUCAUGAUGAGCAAUUGCAAUCACAUUGAUCAACACAGCCUAACGAAACGAGAGUCACGAGUACUUUCGUUACGAGACAUCUGCCUCUGCGAGCGCCGACGGUCGUUUCCCGUUGCACAGGGCCGCCCAUACAGCGUGCGCCUGUGCACGUGCCAGUAAUUUCGCGGGUGGAUGGGCUAUAGAAAGC